CACUGCGUGUACACAACAGUGUGACACUGACCCUUUGUUCUCAAAAUAUCCAGUUCCGGCUAAUUGUGACAAAGCUAUUCCGCCGUUAGUGAAUCAGGAAGUUUGGCGGUUUAUGGAUAAGAAAGGUCACUUAGGUGACAAGGCAUUGGUAGAUAUUCAGAACUUGUUGAGUACUACUUUAGUGCCUCUCAGUAAGUUGGUUGACUUUCAUAAAAAGAGUAAAACUAUGACUAAAGAAGUAAAGGGUUUAUUCUCGGAUGUCAUUACUGGCUUAGGUCAGGUUCAGUACAGUAUCAGCUUGAGAAGGAGAUACCAUAUUAGACCUUAUUUGAAAAAGAAAUAUUCCCCUCUUUGCAAUAUGACAAUGCCUAUCACAACUAAAUUGUUCGGUGAUGAUAUUUCAAAGGAAGUGAAGUCGUGUGACAAUAUUUCUUUCUUAGGAAAGGAUCCUUACUAUCAGAGUAAUUUCAGAGGGGCUAUUCGUAGUAGAGGUAGAUUUCGUGGUCGUCGUGGAUAUGGUAACUUGGGUUUUGUACCGCAGGGCUUCAAUGGUCCUCAGUAUGGUGGUUAUCAAGGACAAGGAUAUCGCCAACAGCCAUACCCUACAAGGGGUUUUUCGGUACGAGGUGCCGGACAGUAUGGUGGACGAACAAGGGCUCCUAGGAGACGUCCUACAGCUACUGUUACAUCUGCGUCACUCAGUCGUGACCCAAACGAGGAGGAGUAACAGAAAGGAUUACCAAGACAUCAAGAUUUGCUGGCAUUACCCCACAACAAAAAGUUUCAUCCCUUGGGAAAAAAGCUGAAGAUGAUUGGCGUGGUUCUAUCCGGAAGAGCUUGCAGAGUAGAGGAAUUCCAAAAGAAGUUG